CGCCGAGCUUCUAGACUUCACUUAUUGUUGAACUUCCAAAAACUUGGAGUUUAUUUAUUGAAUAAUUAAUUGAAUUAAAUACAAUUUGGGUCAUUGCAAUAGCGAUUUUAAAGCAAUUAUUGACAUUAAUAAAAUUAAAUGAUAAGUGGACAUGGCUGGAACACAAAUAGUUAAACAUGGUAUAUUUCCAAAACCAAGUGUUAAAAUUCCGACGGCGGUAAGACAAGCAUCAUGCAGUCGCGGUUGGCUCCGCAUAUUGGUGCAGUAUACCUUCGGGGCGAUCACAGUGGCCAGUUUCAUCAUGAUUGUCAUGAUUUCAAUGAGGUCAGAUACCAAGGAACAUCGUAAAAAUGAAGUUUCCAGCUGCAGUCUACAGAACUGCAGGAUUAUUUGCAAUGACACCGUUCCGUCGUUGUAUGAAGAUGUUUUGUCAAUAGUUUCGGAAUCAGAAGUACUUUGCACAAGGUUAGCUUUGACUUUUGUGAAUCCAUAUUUCGAGCACGAAACAAUGCCUGCGCAAUGGCUAUCUAACUUAAGAAGUUCCAUCUACAGAUUAAACAUAAUACGAGGAAAUCUUAGAUUCAUUGCACCACAAGCCUUUAUGAGCCUUUUUGCUGGCAAUAUUGAGAUACUCGUCUUUGAAGGCAUAACUAUAUCAAAUUGGGCAGCAGAUAUGUUAGUUGGCCUUUCAAGUUUACAGAGACUAGAUAUAAAACUAUGUAAUAUAAUGAAUGUUCAAAGAAAUUCUUUGCGAGCAGUGGAUGAAACCUUGAAGGUAAUUAUGUUUACGUAUAAUGGUAAUUGGAAUCCCGUGAAUAUCUCUGGAUCUACUGAAAUGUCAGCUCUAGAAACAGUUGACUUUUCCUUUAACAUUUUCAACAGUAUAUUAUCAAACACAUCGUUUACGGGCCUUCGAAAUUGUAAAAUCUUAUAUCUCAAUUCUUGUAAUAUAACUGCUUUGGGACCAGGUGCAUUUGACUCCUUAGAUAGCAUUGAAGUAAUAUAUCUAAAUAAUAAUUUGCUAGUAACCGUUCCCGUAGGAUUAUUUGACGGUUUGAUAAAUCGUGUAAAUCCAAAGCCAAGAAUAAAUUUGCAGGAUAACCCGUGGUAUUGUGAUUGUUCGUCUUAUGACCUACGACGUUUAUACUAUAACGACUUACUCUAUUUGAUUCCAUUAUGUGAUACUCCUGAAGAACUUCAUGGUAAACCAUUUUCAGCUAUUUCAAAUAAUUGUGAAAAAACUAAUUGUUCAUAUGCAGAUAUUGUUGUAGUUGAUCUUGUUGAGGUCCCACAAGGUAAAAGUGUUAUUCAUACUUAUACGAGUGUUUGCAGUAGCGAGAUUACUUCAAAUACUAGCAUGUAUCCAAAAGAAAUGUACGGCUGUGAAGGAAACAUUAUAACUAUUGCUAUGUUGAACCAGUUAAGUAGGACUGUAAAUGAGAGGAUAAGUGAAAGCGACUGGAUUACUCCAACGUAUCUUGCUAGAAGCAACCAACACUCUAUUGUUCAAUUUAGCACUUUAUCAACAGAAGAUUAUGGCAUACUGUGGUAUAAAUCUUCAUGUCCAAAUGAAAUUCAUUGCAUGGCGUCAUUGCCAAGGUUUUUACGCAUAUAUGAUCUUUAUAUUGGUUCUGAAUAUAUAUUCUGUCCGAUCGAUUUAAAACAUGGAUAUAUUAGAGGCGAUAAAUGUGUAAACUACAACACAAUGCACUUAGAAUCAAAAUCAACAAUAAAUGUGUUUUUUAGUGUAAUUUUGUAUAUCAGUACUAUCAUGAUUUGUAUAGCAGUGGGAGCUGUAAUUGUGUAUGGUAUCAUAAGAUAUAAUCCUGUUCUGUUAAAAGGUAGUAAGCGACUAUUGUUUGUUAAACACAAAAAUGUAGACGCUUUAGUUUUACCUCCAAAAGUACCACUGCGGAAUACAUUGUCAAAUACAGAUCCCAAUUUCAACUUUACAAAAAUUAAUGUUUUAUCAGAAAAUGAAAAUAGUUUAUCGCCUAGGAAUUUUGUUAGAAUGAAGUCAACGAGAAGUGAUGUAAGCACUGUUAGUUAUAUUUCCGCAUUGCAGCCUACUGAUGAUCAGCUUGCGGAGUGGAGAGUCAAAAGACACAUUGACAAUAAUUUCACAAUAACUUCCGAUUCAGAAGUAUCAAUAUUUUCUUGGGCCAAUGAUGGAAGCAGUUCCUCAGAGUAUUACAGCAGUAUAGGUUAUGAUAGCUUAAAAUAAAGUAGUAGUGUAUAUCAUCAUGUGCAGCAAUUAACUAUGUUCGUUAAGUUGGUGUGAUGUUUACAAAUAUUUAGAUUAUAUUAUUUUCCAAUAAAGUUAUAGUAAGGUUGAUUUAGAGAAACAGCAAUGUUUUAAAUAUAGCUUAUUAUUAAACUAAAAACUAUUAAAAGAAAACUAUUAUAUGGAUACCUAUGUAAACUGUUAAAAAUAUGCUGUAAUUUGAGAAAGCAUUAGUUUGUAAUUAAUAAAUAGGUCAGUAAUAUCUAUCAGGGAAUGUUGUCUGAGUUGACUGUUAAAAGCGCAUUAAUAACAGUAUUUGAUGCGUUUAGAGUAGGUAAACUAAUUUAUUUGGAUCAUUGUGAUGAUAGUUCUCGUAGGACGGCUGUCGGAGUUCUGCGUCCAUUUCAAAAUGAAUCAAUCGUUACAGCUGCUUCUGACGCAACUCUAAACGACAUGCAUUGUCUAACCAUUGGUCGCCAGGAUUAUUUUUAGAGACAUGUUAAAACAACUGUAGGACUUCAUUUAGAUCACGCAUCAUCAUAUUUCGUGCACCACGCUAGUUAGUUCAAUGAUUUAUUUGAUUUUUAUUAAUUUGAUGAAAGUAAUAUUUAGUGUUAGGUUAUUUGAUAACGUAUAACAAUAUCACACUUUCGGUUUUAAGAGUUUAUUGGCGUCUUUCCAAUUUUUGAUGUUUAAUAAAAAUACUUAUGUUUAAAAUGAAAUGUCUAAUAAAUGUAUGAAUAUUACUGAUUUUAAAGUAAAAGUUUAUGUAAAGUAAAAGUACUCGUACAAAGGCAGUAAAUAUUUUACGUAAAAAUAAUUUGUUGGUAUUUUGUGGACUAACUAAGCUUAGCACUUUGGAAGAAUAUUAAUCUUCCAUUUCAUGUUUUUACAAUAGAGCUAACGAAAUAAUAACAUAACCAGAUUUUACUCCACCGGCGCGAAUUUUGCGCCAUCUACCAAAGGUUUGAACUAAUGUUUUCACAAGGAUAAAAGUCCUCCAGACUUAUUAUAUAAACGCAAAAUUUGAAGAAGAUUGGGCCAGUAGAUUAAGCGUUAAGAGGCAACAAUCAAACAUAUAAUCUUACAUUCGCAUUUAUAAUGUAAGUUGUGAUUGACGUGUACGAUUUUUUUUUAAGUUUAUUACUUUAUUGUGAAAUAAUGAGAGCGAUAUUUUAUCGACCUAUGAAGCGUAUUAUGCCGUGUGGUUUCCGGCAUUUUAAUAGA